GUGUUCCCCGAAUCACUGUGAACACGGAGGCACCUGCAGUCAGUCAUGGAGCACCUUUCACUGCAACUGCUCCGGCACCAGCUACAGCGGAGCAACCUGUCACAGCUCGAUACACGAGCAGUCCUGUGAAGCGUACAAACACAAAGGCAACACGUCGGGGUAUUAUUACAUUGACGUGGACGGCAGCGGACCCGUCGGACCACAGCUUAUAUACUGCAACAUGACAGAGGACGUGACGUGGACGGUAAUUCAGCACAACAACACAGAACUGACCAGAAUUCGACCUUCGUCAGGAAAGACUCGGCACUCCACUCACUUUGAGUACGCGUCCAAAGACGAGCAGCUGGCGGCCAUCAUCGGCCAAUCGGAGCACUGCGAGCAGGAGCUGAACUACUUCUGCAGGAGGUCACGUCUUCUCCACUCACCAGACGGCUCCCCUCUCAGCUGGUGGGUGGGAGGUCCAGGUGAAGGUCAGAGACAAACCUACUGGGCCGGAGCGCCGCCGGGCAGCCAGCGCUGUUCCUGCAGCCUGCGACAGAACUGCGUGGACCCCAAACACCGCUGCAACUGUGAUGCUGACCGCACCGAGUGGGCUAAUGACUCGGGCCUGUUGACCCAUAAGGAGACCCUCCCUGUCAGAUCCCUGGUUCUGGGCGAUGUGCACAGGCCCGGCUCAGAAGGCGCCUACAGGGUGGGACCACUCCGUUGCCAUGGAGACAAAAAUGUCUGGAAUGCUGCCUUUUUUGACAAGGAGACGUCGUACCUCCACUUUCCCACAUUCCACGGAGAGCUGAGCGCCGACAUCUCCUUCCUCUUUAAGACCACUUCAUCCUCCGGCGUCUUUCUGGAAAACCUGGGCAUCAAGGACUUCAUUCGGAUCGAACUCAGCU